GCGGCGGUGGCUGUGGCCUGAGAACUUGGCCGCUUCGAGGGCGCAGAAGCCGUUCCGAGUGGGAACUGGGGCUGGCACGAGGGUGGGAGAGCUGGCGGGGGAGGAGGGCGGCGCCGGAGGAGGGCGGCGCGUGGCUGACUCAUCCCCCUGGAAAGGCAGACUGACAGACUCGAGCCCUCGCCGAGCCCGCCCGCCCCGCUCCUCUCUGCUGGGAGGCGCCCGCCCGCCCUCUCCCGGAGCUCUCCCGGCCCAACAGCCUCAGACAAAGUUUUUCUCCUCCGAGGGACCCGAGGCGCCGUGAGUCUCCUGGAAGGGAACGGGGAUCGGAAGAGGAGGCGAGCGCCGUGCGGGCCCGGGCAGUGAAUGGUUCCCAGCGCUUCGGCUGCCCAUCUGGAGGACAUCGGGGCGGGGUCGACUGAGCCCGGCUCCUUCUUCUAGCCUUAGCCUCGCUAGCAAUCGCCCUCCGGGACUGCCGCGGGGGUCCCCGCGCCCCAACCCGCCAUGUCCCGGCUGCUGCCGCUGCUAAGGAGCCGGACCAGGGGCAGCCUGAGGCCGGGCCCGGCCGCCGCCGCGCCUCGCCUGCCGUCUUGGUGCUGCUGCGGGCGGGGGCUGCUGGCGUUUGCGGUCCCUGGAAGCUCCCCCGGUGGCCCCCGGGGGCUGGGCACCCAUCCCAAGAAGGAACCCAUGGAGGCGCUGAACACGGCGCAGGGCGCGCGCGACUUCAUCUACAGCCUGCACUCCACCGAGCGGAGCUGCCUGCUCAAGGAGCUGCACCGCUUCGAGUCCAUUGCCAUCGCCCAAGCAUGCAGAUACCCCAAACCUGAGAUUCCUGUUGUGAAGCCAGCAAAGAAGGUAUCAGCAGCAGAGGUCCCUGAUAGUUUUGAAAAACUGGAAGCUCCACCACCCACCCCGGGACAGCUGAGAUACGUAUUCAUCCACAAUGCGAUACCUUUCAUAGGGUUUGGCUUUUUGGAUAAUGCAAUUAUGAUUGUUGCAGGAACCCAUAUUGAGAUGUCUAUUGGAAUUAUUUUGGGAAUUUCAACUAUGGCAGCUGCUGCUUUGGGAAAUCUUGUGUCAGAUUUGGCUGGACUUGGACUCGCAGGCUACGUCGAAGCUCUGGCUUCCAGGUUGGGCCUGUCAAUCCCUGAUCUUACACCAAAGCAAGUGGACAUGUGGCAGACGCGUGUUAGUUCACACCUGGGCAAAGCUGUUGGGGUGACGAUUGGCUGCAUUCUAGGAAUGUUCCCCUUGAUUUUCUUUGGAGUAGGUGAAGAAGAUGAAAAACUGGAAAAGAAAAAUUAACCCUCUUACAGUACCUAUAAAAAGAUGUAAACUAAUGUACCUCAAUUAUUAACUAUGCUGUCACGACAUUUAGGAAUUAAGGCAGUAACAGUGUAUAGAUACGGGAUCAAAUAAUUUCAGCAUGUAUUGUGGAAAACACUAACUUAUUGUGGUUUGGUUUUCUUAGGACAUCUUUUUUUUAAAAAAAAAACUGUUUAGUAUCAUGUCGUGUAACUUGUCAAAAUGCUUUUUCAUCAAUGGCAAUCAGCGUUUUAUUUUUUCUGCUCUUUCUUUGUAUAUCCAAAUAUCAUCUAAGUACCAGUCAUUGGUGUAGUGUACUGACCUGGGGUUUCCCUAUUUGUUAUCUAACGUGCGCAUGCAUGGAAGCGUUUCCGUUGUCGUGUGCUGGAUAGCUGCAAUUCAACCUUAGGAUUUCUCCAAAUUACUUAAGAUGUUUAAUAUCAGUUGGAGAUUUUUUACUCUUUCUGGCAACAUCAAUUUUGUACUGUUUCACAGUAAACAUUCACAGUUAUAUAAUUUGUCAUCAUUUUUUACUCCCACAUCUAUUCCAGAUGGAUGUAGACUUUAAAUAUUUUAAGUUUUUAUUACUUAUUUUAAUUUUCUAACCUUACUGUCUCAAGUGCCAGAGGUCAGUCAGAAUGAGCAAUUAAUUAUGUGGUCUCCCUACUUACAUAAUAUCAUAUACGCUAAGUAUAUUAUUUUGAAUUGAUGUUUUUACUUUUAAUUUCUCAAUUUUACAUAAUCAUAUGGUGGUUUUUGACUCCUAAGAGGAAGAAAAAUAUUAUUUUGGGAUCUUUUUAAUGGUGAUUGUGGAAUUACAGGGAGCUAAGGGGUUUGUCAUGACACUUGGAAAUUAAGAGGCUAAAAUUUUUUUUUAGAGAAAUAGAAAAUGGGAACUGUCAAGAAGAUUUAUGGUAUAAAAGGUAAAGUUGAAAGGAUGUUUGUAAGGUUAAUGAGAUAUAAUUUAUAUUGUUUGGGAAGGAUUCCUCCCCCCACUCCAAAGUGUCUUGUCAUCUGAAUUGAGUGAAUCUGACUACUUCCUACUCAUAAUCCUGGUGGUGUUGCAUCUUGUUUAGUGAGUUUUAUUUCUGGAUAACUUCUUUUGAGGUGAAAACUAAAUAUUUUAUAUAUAUAUACAUAUAUAUAUAUCUUUUUGCUAUAUAUAGUCUGUCAAAAGUUACAUGAGUUGAAAUUCUGCUUUUUGUUGGUCUUUUUUCUUCUUUUGUGGUAUUUAAAUCAUAUUCUAGGCUGAAGCUACUUAUUUUCAGUCUCGUAUAUCUGACUUAAAUAUAACCAUGUGGGAAACAUAAAAUUUAAUUUUAUGAACACUUAAAGUUGUUACCCAUGCUAAAAAAUGACUCUUACUUGUAAGAGUAACUAAACACAUCAUGGAGGAGAAAAACUGAAAUUAAAAUUACUAUUUGGGCCGCUGAAGUUAUUUAUGUUGAUAAAUAGAUGCAAAAUAAAGGAAAUUUAUAAGGUGGCUGUACAGCCACCUUAUUUUAAAAUUUUAUUUGCAUAUGUUUACUUUGAGCUCUUUUCCAGAGGACCUGAUUUUUCCCAUUAGGCAAUUUAUCAUAAAUUCUCUUUGGUGCACUUUAAAAGAAUUUAGUGCUAUCCUUUAAUCAUAGAUUUUUAAGGAAAAAAUAAAUCAUACAGUAUGAAAAUAAAUACAUACUAUUAUGUACAGAUACAUGACAGUCUCAUUUGAUCAAAUUAGAAUUAUAGACCACGUUAUCUUAUUAAACAGGAUACCAGACACACACCAAAUUUUGCUUUUGUUAUUUCAGAGGAGAGGACUAGAGUGCUUAUUAAAAUUUUUUAUUUAUGUUUACAUGCUUUUGUCCCUAACUUGACCUUUCUGUUUUCUGAAAAAGCGUUUUAUUGUGGUGCUUAAAUUUUUUUCUUAUUAAUUAAAUCCCAUAUCCAGAAACCUUGCCUGUGAGUUGAGAAAGGGCUUUUGAGUGCUGGGGUUUUUUUUUCUGUUUUGUUAUUCUGUUUAAAAUAACCCAGCCCUACAAAAUAUUUCAGUUUAGCCGAACAUCUACAGAGUUAUUUAAGGUGUCCAAUCAUGUAACAUAAAAUCUUUGUAUUGAAAGGUAUUUUAAUUUUUGGACACAAUAAAAAUUUGCAUCAUUUAGGUAAUUACUUUUCAAAAAAUGGCGCCCUUUUGUCUUUCACCUAAGAUACACAUUUUUUUUUCAGGAUCUUACUCUGUACUAGUAUGGUGCUUUGCACAGAGUGAUUUCUGAAAAAUGAGUCCCUUUAGGAUAAUUACUCUAUGGAAUCAUUAGUUUGUUAUUUGUCACGGAGAAUCUUAUUUCAGAUUGAAACUGGAAUUCUCAUUUCUCAUAUCAGCUAUUUAUUUAUUGGGAGCACUAUCACUGCGGUGAAAUGCAACGUGAGCUGCUUUUUAGUACUGUUCACUUAAAAUUCAUGUUGUCCGUGUGUUAUGGUUUAUUGACUUCUGGAUGCAUGUAAAUUGGGUGCGUUUUGUUGCCACUGUACGUUAAAUGGUGACCAAUGUUUUUACAAAAGAGUUGAACAAAAAAAGUCUUUUAAGAAAUUUGGAAUGUGGCUUUGAUUGUGAGAUUUGAUUUUCUUCCUGAUCUCAGAAAGUUCUGGUUAUUGUGUCACUAAAGGAUAUGGGACUAGUAGAUCAGAUGUGUUGCAGGGUUUAGCACUGUUCCUGAGAGAGUGGAGCGGAACUGUUUAUCGCCUCACUGAAACCCACACCUAUGGUACAACGUUACAGUUACGAGAGAAGAAGGAUCCCAUAUGGGGAUCAUUUAUCUGUAAGAGGGUGUCAAAAAAAGCUUUAGAAAGAUUGGCGUGAAUUACCCCCAUGGGCAUUCACAGCAGUCACAGUCAAGCCUUCCAUAUAGUAAUGCCUCAUUUACUUUGCUCCUUUUUCUCUAGAGGGUGAGCUAUCAAGGUAAUGGAAAUUUAUCUUGUACAACAAAAGUUUGUCCAAACCAUUUUGCAGUAAAUCUUUCCAAUUUUAGAAUUAUAUUUUCUUGCUGUCUGAGGAGUGUAUUAAAUGUAAUGUAACUUUU